CCGCCUGGGCAGCCGCCGCCAGCGCCGGGCAGACAGCGGGAGGGAAGGCGGGGCGAGGCCGCGGCCCGGCCCCACUGGGAAGCGGCCUCCGUCCCCUCGUCCGUGGAACUACACCUCCCAGCGUGCCCUGCACGGUUCCUAUGGCAAUGGGGAGCCAGGCCCAGGCCCCGAGGAGCGAUGGCCAAGGCCAGUGAUACUUUGUGGGAUCUUGCUAUAGCUGAAGUGGAGAAGAGAGAAAACGCUGACGAUGAUGGCAAGCGUGCGGAAGUUUGGGAAAGAUCAGUAUUAUUUAUGGGAAACAAAAAUGGGGGAAAGACUACUAUUAUACUGAGGUGCCUCAAGAGGGAGGAGAUUCCAAAGCCAACCUUAGCCUUGGAGUAUACUUUUGGAAGAAGGGCAAGGAGACCCGAUACACCUAAAGAUGUAGCUCAUUUUUGGGAACUAGGUGGUGGAACCUCGUUAAUGGAACUUAUUCGAAUACCAAUCACUAGUAACAGCAUAAGGACAUUUGCUGUAGUUCUUGUUUUGGAUCUGUCCAAACCUAAUGAACUCUGGACUACUAUGGAGAAACUUCUGCAGGUCACCAGGAACCACGUGAACAAAAUUUUAGCCAAACUAGAAAAGACAAACCCGGAAGUAGCUACUGAAAUUAAACAGAGAAUGCGGAACAAUCUGCAGAGGGAUCAUCCAGAUUAUGAGUUAGUUGACCCUUUUCCAAUACCCUUGGUGAUAAUUGGAAGCAAAUAUGAUAUUUUUCAUGAGUUUGAUUCUGAAGUGAGGAAAAUAAUAAGCAAGACACUUCGAUUUGUUUCACAUUACUAUGGAGCAUCAUUAGUGUUUACCAGUAAAUCUGAGGCUCUCCUGCUGAAAGCCCAUGCUCUUGUUAAUCACUUGGCAUUUGGCUAUGAUAAAAGCAAAUCUUUAUCAGUGGAUCACAGCAAACCCCUGUUUAUACCAGCAGGCAUGGAUUCACUAAGUCAAAUAGGACCACCACCUGCCUCUGACAGUGAUAUUGCAAAGCUGCGUGCAAACACACCUUUGGAACUGUGGAAAAAAGUAUUUGAGAAAACAUUUCCUCCCAAGAGUUCCUGUGAUUUACAAGAUACCAGGGACCCUGCACAGGAUUUACAAUACGCCGAGCAUGAAGUCGAUGUUAUGAGAGCUCAAAAAAAACAGGAACUUGAACAAUACAAAAGAAAUGCCUCUAAAUCCUGGAAAGAAAUGGAUUUUGGCUCUGAUUGAUGAACUGCUUUAGGUGUCUUCAGUUUAACAUUUACUUUUAUCAUUUUAACACUACACUAGCAAUUUAAUCUGAUGCAGUUGAAAAUAUACAAUAUCAAAAAUGCAAAAAGAGUAUUUAUUAAGCAUUCCUGUUACUAUUUUCAAUAAAAAAAUGUUUGUUCACUCAGUCCAAAUAUAAGUGUAUCUAUCUUGAUACUAACACAGAGUUCUACAAAGUGGGGAGAAAGGAAUUCUAGAUUGAUCGGAGAUGGAUUUGAAUACGAAGACUGGUAUUAGUCAGUUUUACCUAUUUUAUAAGUUAUAACAUGUUAUUUGGUAUAUUGUUGAAUGCUUCUGCCCUAGACAUAUUUAAAUACAAGCACAUUUUCACACCCAGAAUAGGAAACUGCAUAGUAAAGUGUGCCAGGUAUCUUUCCCUAGUUCAUUGCAUAUGUAAUUCAAAUGGAAAGCUUAAGAAUAUAUUUGCAUCAUUGUUUGAUGUAUUUGAAUAGGAUAACUCCACAAGAACUGGCAGAAUAAAGUGGAAUUAAAACCAUGUUUAACCUGAACUCAGAAGUUUGCUUUAUCUCUGUUUCAGUAUCAUGUAGUUUGAUUAUUUCUUGUAUAAUGUUGCAAUAACUUUGCGCAGAAAUGCCAGUAAGUCAGCCUAAUCAAGUGUAAUUGAUUGACAUUCAGCUUAAGCUGGUGAAAUGCUAGCCUCAACUGGAAAUGACUUUUUGUCCAUGGACACCCUCACUAGUAUGAGAUUGGCUGAAUGCCUUGAAAAUAUGCAAGACAAGAUCUAGAUUAAAGGCAGAGGUGUCUCUUAAAAGCUAAGACUUGUUGUCAGGCUAAAUGUCUGAACAGUCACUUGGCAGACCAGACUGUAAGAAUAUCCCCUGACGAACACAUACAGGAAAAUGGGAAAGGCAAACUAAGGUGGUAUCUUUCCAGCUCUUUAAAGUUAUUUGUUAUUUUUAACAUAUUUCUUCACCAGGUGUUUUUCUGAUAACAUUUGCAUUCAGAAUAUGAUACAUAAAGACAUUAGAAAAAAAAUCUUGGCCUCAUGUGGAGAGCUUGUGUUUACUCGAAGAUUUAAAAUCCUUUGUUACAGAAUGCAUAAUCUCAAAACUAUCAAAUUAGACUAAUUAUAUUAUUAUAGAAUUUCAAGAUACAAAUAUACUUGUCUCCUCAAAGAAAUCUCUAGCUAUCCCUCUGUAACAAAUAAUUUCUUCACUGAACAUGAAAAGUCAUUACAAAAUUUAGGAAUUCUCUGUCUGUUAGGCUUUCAGUUUUGAGAGGUACUUAGAUUUAUUAAAUGGAUAAAUCACACUCCUUGGGAUGUUAGUGAGCCCAUGAGAAGAAUUUCCAAAGAUGCGGACUACAUCACUUCCAAGAACUGUAGUUAAAUCAACAUUUUAUUAACAAAUACUUUUUUUUUUCCUAGCAAUUCACAAAGUGCUUCCAGAACAAGAUUAAGAACAUGGUAAUGAAAAGAAGGAACAGAUAUAAAUGUCUUCUCUUGAUUUGCCAUCAUUUACAAGACAAAAACAUGUUGGGUAAAUUCUAUAUUGCUUAAAGAUCCUGUACUCAUUGAUUGUACAGUAUGCAUAAGAUUAAAGUGGAGUGAUUUCUUGA